AAAAAUUAGUGAGCAUGUUUCCCACACUUAUCAUGCUCGCAGUACCUCGCUGGGUCUCUCUCAUCUAUCUAGUGAGUCCCUGCAAUGUCCCUGAUGGUACUGUAGCAGCCAGAGCUCCAGGGGACAUUAUCAUUGGAGGACUUUUCCCAGUCCACAAAACGGUAGAAAACCUGGCAAAUCGGACUCAACCAGGACCAUUACACUGCUCAGGAUUUGAUCCUUCCAUGUUUCUCCAUGUCCAAGCUAUGAUAUAUACGAUCGAACAGAUAAACAAUUCAACCUUCUUACCUGGUAUAAAACUGGGAUAUGAAAUUUAUGACAGCUGCUCCAACGUUAUCACUGCAAUACAAGCAACCCAAAGAUUUCUUUCCAAAUUUAACUCCUCAGACAGCAGGAUUGAAGUUCAUUGUGAUUACACUAAUUACAAUCCAACUGUGAAAGCAGUUGUAGGGGGUCUUUACUCAGAAAUAUCAAUUGUAGUUGCAAGAUUGUUGAAUCUUUACCUUAUUCCACAAGUCAGUUAUGGAUCAACAGCAGAAACACUCAGUGACAAGGCAAAGUUUGCAUCAUUUUUACGGACCGUUCCAAAUGACAAUCAUCAAACUAUUGCCAUAACCAAACUUUUGCAACACCUAAACUGGAAACGGGUCGCAGUUAUUGCUUCUGACGAUGCAUAUGGACGGGCUGGAUUGAACAGUUUUAUCUCACACGCAGCAAGGCACAAUAUAUGUGUUGAAUUCCAUGAAUUGAUUCCAAUUUUUAAGGACGAAUACCAAAAUGCUAAAAUUAAUGUAGCAGCUGAAAUGAUUAUUAAGUCAACUGUACGCGUUAUACUCGCAUUUGUAAGAUCAUCAGAAAUCAUCAAACUGUUCACCAUAUUGAUCCAACAGAACAUAAGUAAAAUCUGGAUUGCCAGCGAUGUCUGGUCCCAUUCUAUGCAGGUUGCCAGUAUUAAUGACAUUGAAAAGGUUGGAACUAUUUUGGGCUUUACAUUCAAAGGUGGAAAAAUUCCAAAUUUCAGGGAUUACUUGAAGGAGUUGCAGUCUUUCCCCUCUGAUGAUAACAAGAUUACUCAAGAGUACAUAAACUUCAUAAAUAGAAGAGAUGAAAAGAAACCAACUUGGAAUAAUUCAAACUCACAGGGAAAUAAAUCUCAAGAAUAUCAUCAAAUUUUUGAAAUUUUGAAUGAACCAACUGUCUACGAUGUAUACUUAGCCGUCAAGGCAAUAGCUUUUGCUGUUCAGAAAAUGUUUAAUUUUACACAGGAAAUCUACAACAAAAAUUUUAAUUUCCCACCAUGGCAGUUAUUAAGUGAGUUGAAGAAAGUUAAGUUUAAGACAGACGAUGAGCAAUUUGAGUUUGACAGUUCAGGAGAUUUCUCAAACGGAUAUAACAUACUCAAAUGGAAGAUGGAAAACGAUUCAAUACAGUUUGUCAAUGUUGGUACCUACAAUGCAAUGAAGGAAAUGAUUAAUUUCUCCAGGAACUUAGCAGAGGUUGCCAGUAGCGUUGGUUUGAGCUAG